AGAAGGGCCCGGGUUGCAGGCUUAGGAGUUUGGAGCGAAAAAUAACAGCUGCGGAACUGUUCAAGCCCGGAGGAGCCUGCCUCUCGCUCUGAUCGCUUUCCAAUCUCCUCCACGUUUCCAAGAGCUCUCGGCAAACGAAUAUAGAGGCGCCGCUCCAGCUGGUUCUGUUUGGGACGCGAUAAGUCAGCGCCGGCUUGCAGACCUGCAUAGAAGAUUGGCAUUAUUUUUGGUCUCACCAAUGGGCAUAACUUCUAAGCGCCCCGUGGCGGAUGCGCUCGAGCUUUUGCGCGCAGCUGGGAACGCGCUGGGUGCAGUUGCGAAAACGUACUGCGGGGGAAGAGCUAGGCCUGCCUGGGACUCAGCAAGCGAGCGCCGGGCCUUCCGCAAGGGGCUUUCCGAAGCAGGGCCUGGCUCCGGGCCCGGGCCGUCUGGGACCUGAGCGGCCGCGGAAAGUCAGAAAUGCAGCCGACCGAGCAGCCCCAGGAGCCAAGGUCAGGCCCGCGGGGAGUAAGGGCAGAGGUUUCCAGCGCCGGACGCGGGCGCCCGGGCCAGCCGGGCCUCAGACUCUGGGGCUUCCAGCAAGCAGGACCCAAGUCCCUCCGCCCGGCCAGGCCGCGGCGAUUGCCCCCAAUUCUCUUUCGUUUCCCAAGUUAUUAACAAUUAUCUUUUCCCUGAUCCGAGGCCCGUUGGGCGCAGCGUUGGCUCCCAGACGCCAAGAGUGCAAGCCGAAAUCCUUCGCCGGAGGCCUCGAGAUGGGUUCCCGUUUGACCUCUGGGCCGAGGUGGGCCGGAAACGGAGGCCUGGGCCCCGCCGGAGCUGGAAGGGGAAGGCGAAACUCCGAGCGGGGCGAGUUCCUUUCCGUUUGGCUCCCUUCUCUCGCAUCCCCGGCGCGGGCCCCGCCACCCCCCGGACCCGCUCGCAGAGGAUUCCGAAGCCUCAGCUUCCCAUACCGGCUCUUCCGGACGCUCCGGAGGAGGCCAGACCACGGGCCGAAUAAAUUAAAGACCUCCACCAGUGUUGAGCACCUCCAUUCUUUACCCCAGUCAUUGGGCAGUAAGUUCCAGAGCGAGGCCGCAACAUGCAGCCUCCCCUCCUUCUCAGGGUGGAUCGCCGCUUUCCGCGACCUGCUCCCAGCUGCCCCGGGGCCUCGAGCGCCGCAGCGGGUCCCCUCCCUUCCCCCCCCAACCCCAGACCCCGUGGUCUCCGGGUGCUGGGUUUCUGGCCCGUCCGGGGCAGCCCAGACGGAAGGGUCCCGGAAGCGGGGACCCCAGACGCCCAGCUGCCGUGCACAAUCGCACCCGGAAAACCCUGGGGGUGAAGCUGACCAAGGCUUGUGGGGGGUGCCCCUGACGGGGGUGGCAAAGAAAAGUUCUCGGGCGACCGGUUCCGCAGGGGCCCUUGGUUUCCUGGUCACCAUGGCAACCCAGGAGUUCCCGUCGAACGCUCGGCAACAAUGCGGCGCCCGCAGGACCAUCGUGCUUUCGCCGCGAGUUCCGAGGCUUGCAAGGCUCUACUUCCUCCUGUCGCUCUGGGCUUUCCCGAGCCUCCCGCGUGGGUUCAACCCGGCAGGGACUGACAAACUCCCCGCCUUUUUGAAACGGAGGAGAAAAUCGAGAUUUAGUGCCAUCUCUGCCGGACCCCAGGCGCAGCCGGAGACGGCCCGGCACCGCGGCGUCUGUCUGUCUGCGCGUCUGCCCGCGGGUCCCCGUCUGUCCCGAGUGAACUGGAAGAUCGCUGGGAGCGCGCUGGACCAGUGCGAGGGCGCGCUCUGGAGAGGCCUUCCCGGGGGCCCGGAUCUGUCCGCGAUCUCCCAGGACCCAGUCCCCGAGCAACUCCACCGGGCGCCCCCCGAGUGGGCCCGAUAA